AUGUCGAUAUUUUUGGUCAUGAACAUAGCUUUAACUUGUCAUGGAAUGAGGGCACAAGUCGGAUACAGUAGCAGAGCAUAUGAAAUGCCUGAGAGCUGUGAAGGACUAAGUUAUUGCAAGGACAAGGGUCAGCACUAUCCAACAGAAGUCGUCAACAUGGUCCUUCGAAAAGUUCGGAAAAUUCAACAAAGGAUUGGUGAAGAAAUUGAUAAUUACCAAUCCCGUGUCUCAGAUUCUCCCUCAGAGCCUGAAUGUAACACGAACGAGAUUAAAUUCGCGCCGAUUUAUUAUAUUUUAGAUCAGAAUAACCAGACGCGUGUGGUUGUUCAGUCGGAGCAACACGAUUUCUGGCAGAAAUAUGAUAUCAGAUGGUGCAAAAAGGUGGGACGCGUUUACAAAACCUUACACUUCAAGAACGUGACCUUGGGUAAAGUCAAUAUGACGUGCAGCAAUGUCAUGACAACCUUAGUCUUCCAGGUCCUCACACUGAAUAAACUUGGCAUGGAGUUAAUAUCGGCUGAAAUGCCGGUAUUUUGUAAAGCUAGAUAUGACUUACUCUCAUCAUCAGAACGGUAA